CUUGAAAAAAAUUAUUGGAAUUAUUGGCUCCUAGACAAGGAAUAUAUUUUCCUGGCUAACAGUAGCUGUGGAAAGUGAAGAGUGAAUGUUCCAAGAGAGAAUUUCGUGGCAGCCACCAGACUUCUUGCUGUUCUGUUUUUUCACUGUGGGACUGUUGGAAAUGCAUCAAAAUACAGUUCUUCUGUCUGACUUUGGCUCUUGGCUACUGUAGUACCAGGAUAAAGAGGAAGUUGUUCUAUGGAUGAAUACUGUAGGACCUUACCACAAUCGCCAAGAAACAUACAAAUACUUCUCUCUCCCUUUCUGUGUGGGAUCAAAAAAAAGCAUCGGCCAUUACCAUGAAACCCUAGGGGAAGCACUUCAAGGAGUUGAAUUGGAAUUUAGUGGUCUUGACAUCAAAUUUAAAGAUGAUGUGAUGCAGACCACUUACUGUGAAGUUGACUUGGACAAGGGAAGAAGAGAUGCAUUUGUGUAUGCUAUAAAAAAUCACUAUUGGUACCAGAUGUAUAUUGAUGACUUGCCAAUAUGGGGGAUUGUUGGAGAAGCAGAUGAAAAUGGAGAAGAUUAUUACCUUUGGACUUACAAAAAACUUGAAAUUGGUUUCAAUGGAAAUAGAAUUGUAGAUGUCAAUCUGACCAGUGAAGGAAAGGUGAAACUGGUACCAAACACAAAAAUCCAGAUGUCAUAUUCAGUGAAAUGGAAGAAAUCAGAUGUGAAGUUUGAAGACCGAUUUGACAAGUAUCUUGACCCAUCUUUCUUUCAGCACAGAAUUCACUGGUUUUCAAUUUUCAAUUCUUUUAUGAUGGUGAUCUUUCUGGUUGGCCUGGUGUCUAUGAUAUUAAUGAGAACUUUGCGAAAAGAUUAUGCAAGAUACAGCAAGGAGGAAGAAAUGGAUGAUAUGGACAGAGAUCUAGGUGAUGAGUAUGGGUGGAAGCAGGUCCAUGGAGAUGUGUUUAGACCAUCCAGUCAUCCUCUAAUAUUUUCAUCGCUUAUUGGUUCUGGCUGUCAAAUUUUUGCUGUGUCUCUUAUAGUUAUUAUUGUUGCAAUGAUAGAAGAUUUAUACACAGAGAGAGGAUCAAUGCUUAGUACAGCUAUUUUUGUUUAUGCUGCAACAUCACCAGUGAAUGGAUAUUUUGGAGGAAGCCUUUAUGCUAGACAAGGAGGAAGGCGAUGGAUAAAGCAGAUGUUCAUUGGAGCCUUCCUUAUUCCAGCAAUGGUGUGUGGAACUGCCUUCUUCAUCAACUUCAUUGCCAUCUAUUACCAUGCUUCGAGAGCUAUACCCUUUGCAACCAUGGUGGCAGUGUGCUGUAUUUGUUUCUUUGUCAUCCUUCCAUUGAACCUCGUUGGGACUAUUCUUGGCCGAAAUCUGUCAGGACAGCCUAAUUUUCCAUGUCGUGUCAAUGCAGUGCCUCGUCCUAUACCGGAGAAGAAAUGGUUCAUGGAACCAGCUGUUAUUGUUUGCCUAGGUGGAAUCCUCCCUUUUGGAUCAAUUUUUAUUGAAAUGUAUUUCAUUUUUACUUCAUUCUGGGCUUACAAGAUCUACUAUGUUUAUGGCUUUAUGAUGCUGGUUCUGGUUAUCCUCUGCAUUGUGACAGUUUGUGUGACCAUCGUUUGUACGUAUUUCCUGCUAAACGCAGAGGAUUACAGGUGGCAAUGGACAAGCUUUCUUUCUGCGGCAUCAACUGCGAUUUAUGUUUACAUGUACUCCUUUUACUACUACUUUUUCAAGACAAAGAUGUAUGGCUUGUUUCAAACAUCAUUUUACUUUGGUUAUAUGGCAGUAUUUAGCACAGCUCUGGGAAUAAUGUGUGGAGCUAUUGGUUACAUGGGAACAAGUGCCUUUGUUCGUAAAAUCUACACUAAUGUGAAAAUUGACUAAGGAAAUAAGAAAAUUGAACUAUGGAUCAGCUCCUGUUUUCCUGGGGAUGAAUUUGCACAGCAAAAAGCGCAAGAAGAGAUUUGGGUUUUAACACUGGGCACUAUAUGGGUCUCCAUUUUGUGGAUGGCUUAAAGUAACAUCUAUUUCAUUGAUCCUAGGUUCUUACUGACUGCUUUCUCCAACUGUUCACAGCAAAUGCUUGGGAUUAUAUGCAGUAGGCAUUACUACAGUAUGUGGCUAAUCUUUCCCCCCCAAAAAACCAACAUCAAAAAACAAAAAACCUAGCUCAUUAAAGAUGAAUAGACUAGCUCUCUUCAGUGAAGAGGACAAACAGUUUGUUUAAAGCAUUUGUUCCAUUCAAUAAAAAGAGGGAAACUUGGCUGCUAAAACUACUUGAUUAGUAGUCUUCCUGGUACUCAACAUUUCUAAAUUAUGUAAAAAUGCUGUUCCAGAAAGAUUACUCUUCUGAUUUUUACUGCCAUUGCCAGAAUAGGAGGUAUGUUUUGUAUUUUCAACUCCAGGUGCUUUUUGGUUUAUUUGCAAUAUCAACUACCCUACACUCAUUUGUUUAAAAAAUAAUUUAAACAUAUAUAAAACUCCCAUAUGCAUGUAAUAUAUCAGCUAUUGCUCUAGUUGGACCAAUUUCCCUUUAUUUAUCUUUAAAGUAAUAUCCAGCUACAUCUUAAAUCCAUCCAAAGAAAAUACAGUCUGAAGACGGGAUGUGUUCUCUGCAAUGCAAUUUACUGUACAGUUAGAAAGCAAAAUGUUGAAUGAAGAGGAUUUGUUUGUUUUUUAAUAAACACUCUGAGGUCUAGAUUAAAACAAAACCAACGUUUUAACUGAA